AUGGUAAAAGCCUAUUUUGGAUAUAAGUUUGAUACUCUUUUUGGUAGUAUAAGUAACAAUGGAGGAGUAAUAAUCAAUGAUAUUGCAUAUACAAUAGUAGAUUAAUAUUUACUUUUAAUAAAUAUCAAGACAUAAGAGAUAAUUUAAUAAAUAGUAAUAGAUGGUAAAAAUAUAAAAAUAACAAAAAUUGCAAUUAAAGAGAAUACUAUAGCUCUUGGAUAUCAUGAUGGUGAAAUAAUAAUAUAUAAUAUUAUUGAUAAAGAAACUUAAUGCAGAUUUUUUAACCAUUAAAGUGAAAUAAGUUAAUUAGUAUUUUUAAGUGAGACUAUUUUAAUAAGUGGAAGUUGCGAUACUUCUAUAAUAGUAUGGGAUUUAGCUGAUUAAUCAUUAUAAUUUAGAUUGAUAGGACAUUCAAAUUAAAUUACUGCUUUAGAAAUAAUUACACUUGAAGAUUAAAGCUUGGCAUUUACUUAAUAAUUUAUUGUUUCAGGUAGUAAAGAUGGAUUAGUGAAAAUAUGGGAUUUGAAUCUUGAAUGUUCUAUAUCUACAUUAUCAAGUAUGCAUAGUGAGGUUACAUGUUUAUGUGUUUAUGAAAAUUAUUUAAUUAUUUGUACUAAUUCUGAUGAAGUUCUUAUUAAAUAAUGUUAAUUGAAUUCAGGAAAAUGUUAAAUUGAAGAUGAUGGAAUCAUUAAGAGGUAAUCUUUUAUUAGAGCUAUUUAAUGUCAAUAUAUUUAAUAAAAAUUACUUAUUCUAAGUAAAAUUUUAUAAUUAUUUUAGAUAAUGAAAAGAAAAUUGAAGUUUAUAAAUCAAAAUAAGGAAAAAAACUUUUAAAAGCAGAAAAUUUUAGCUAAUCUUUAAUUUAUAGCACUGUCAUUUCAUAAUUAAACAAAAUAGUUUAUUUUUAAGCUAUUGUUUAUAAGAAUCUAUUAAAAAUAUUUAUUUUUACAUCAGAUAAUCAAAUAGUGAUAAAAGAAUUAAUAAAUGAUAAUAUUGAUGAAAAUAAUAAUAUUGUCAUUUAAUAAAUUAAUGGAUAAAUAAAAUAAAUUAAAUUAACUUAGAAUGAUAAUAAAUUAAUCUUAAUUGCAUCAAAUAAAUGUUAUUAAUUUGAUAAUGAAACUGCUUAAUAGCUUAAUAGUAUAUCAAAUACAAGUAAUUAUACUUCUCUAUGUAUUUUACCAAAAAAUAAGUACUUUAUGGUUGGAGAUGAGAAAGGAAUCUUAUAUUUAGUUGAUAUGAAUUAAAAUGAAAUUAUUUUUGAAUAAAAAAUACAUAAUUCAAAUAUUAAUAGUAUUGAAUGUCAUGAAAAUUGUAAAGCAUUUAAUGGUUUAGUAAUAAUGACGACUGAGAUAGAUAAAAAAGUAAAUUUUGUAGAGUUAUUUUUUAAUAAAACAUAGAAAUGUUUAGAAUUUUAAGUAGUUAAUACAAUAUAUUUAAAAGAAAAUAUAAGAAGUGCUUAAUUUUCAUAUGAUGGUAAUUACUAUGCAUUUGCUUAAAUGAAUAAUAUAGUAUCAAUUUAUUAUUGUGAUUCUCAUAAAUUGUAUUUAGAAUUAUAUGGACAUUCAUUACCUGUUUUAACUUUUGCAUAUACUUCAGAUGAUACAAUAGUAAUAUCAGCUGGUGCAGACAAAAGUAUUAAAUUAUGGGCAACAGAUUUUGGAAAUUGUAAGAAAACAAUUAAAGCACAUAUAGCAGAAAUUAUUUAAAUUAAAACUGUUAAUGACACUCAUUAUUUUUUUAGUGGAUGCAAAGAUAAUAUUAUUAAAUAUUGGGAUGGAGAUACAUAUUAAUUAAUAUUAUAGUUUAAUGAAGCAUUAACUGGAAUAUAAUCAUUAGUUAUUGGAUGUAUAGGAGAUUUAUUUUAUUCAGCAACUAAAAAUGGAGUCAUCAGAAAAUAUGUUUAAACUAAGGAAUAAAUUUUUGUUUCUGAAGAGGAAGAAAAGAGAUUACAAGAAUCACUAAUGUAAGAAUUAUAAAAUAAAAAUAAAUAACAAACUGGAUUUGAUUUAGGACAAGAUUAAGUGAAAAAAGAUUUAACUCUUGUCUAAAUUGGAUAAUAAAAAUUAUUGGAAACUGAAUAAUUAAUGGAUAUAUUAGAAAAAAUUAAAUAGUAUCGAGAAACUAUUGAAUUAGGUGAAAUUCCAAAUGAAGAUCUAUUUUACAAUAAGAAUAUUACAGAGUAUUUAUUUGAUAAUCUUUAAAAUUCAGACUUAAGUUCUCUAAUGAAAUUCUUACAUCAUUAACAUUUAAUAAUUUUAAUAAAUGAAAUGAAUUAAGAUAUUGCUUUAAAAUAAUAUCCAAUUAUCAUAAAUAAGUUAAUAACUUAUAUUUUUAAUAAGAUUGAUGGAUUUGGAUUUAAUUCACAUGAAAUAAUGAUGAAAGUUCUCAACAUAAGAACUUAAUUGCAAAUAUAUUUUAAAAAGGAAAAGAAGAUUACUGGAUAUAAUCUUGAUAUCCUUAAUUUAAUGAUACAAGAUAUAAGUAAAAACUAGGAUGAUUUUAUUUUUGAAUGA